CAAUGAAGUCGUGUUGUGUGAUUCUCGAAGUGACUCGAGGGUUUCACACAACGCGCAAGUGCUCAAUUACAUCCUCCUCGCAAUCCAGGCUUUAUGGGCACGUUUUUUCCGUGCGCGAACGAUUCUGGAUUGCUUUGUGGCCUGUAGGGACGUUUUCUCUCUGCGCGAACGAUUCUUUCCUGCCUCGUUCAGCCUCUAUUUUCUUUUCCUCCCUUGUAUUUCCCCUCUUUUUGCCGAAAGAUUGGUGCUCGAAUCUACUCGUCUCCUUCCUCCCUUCCUGGGGUGGAAUGCAUCGCCAUCGGCACCGACAUCUCCAAAACAAUCCUGCUGUCUCCCUCUGAUGGCGAGAUUAUAAUCCCGGCGGAACCAUCAUCAUCUUCUUCAUCUAUCUUUCCCAACCCUCCGACUUGGGCACGGACAUGUCGAGCGGUACCGUUUCGUGGGCCAACUUGUGGGGCCCUCCCUCCGCCGGUCUCCGGGGACGUUCCAAGCCUCUCCCCCCCAGCAGCAGCAUCAGAAGGAGGAGAUGGGGUGGUUCGUGCUGGGAUGGUGGGAGGAAGAUCCUCUGCGCCUGCACCGUCCGUCUGCGGAAUUGGGGUGACGGCCCUCCUGCCUUCGAUACCUGUAAUUCAUCCAUCUCCAAGAAUUUGGGAGUGCGUAAAGAUGUUGGGGGUGAAUCUGAUGUCCUAAUCGAGUGCAAAGAUGUCCAUAAAGCCUUUGGAGAUAAGCAAAUACUGAGAGGUGUGAGCUUCAAGAUUAGACACGGGGAAGCUGUUGGAAUUAUUGGACCUUCAGGCACUGGCAAAUCAACAGUGCUCAAGGUUAUGGCAGGGCUUUUAGCCCCAGACAAGGGUGAGGUUUUUAUCCGUGGAAGAAAGAGACAUGGUUUGGUUAGUGAUGAAGAAAUAUCAGGCCUCCGGAUCGGCUUGGUACUUUUCUUUUUUAAAAAAGUGUUUCAGAGUGCAGCAUUAUUUGAUUCUCUUACAGUCCGUGAAAAUGUUGGUUUUCAAUUGUAUGAAAAUUCAAAGAUGUCACAGGAUCAGAUAGCAGAACUUGUGGCAGAAAAUUUGGCUGCAGUAGGGCUCAAGGGAGUUGAAGACCGUUUGCCUUCAGAACUAUCUGGUGGCAUGAAAAAACGUGUAGCUUUAGCGAGGUCUAUAAUCUUUGAUAACACAAAGGAGGUGGUAGAACCGGAGGUGCUCCUGUAUGACGAACCCACAGCAGGACUUGAUCCUAUUGCUUCCACUGUUGUCGAAGAUCUCAUUCGCUCCAUGCAUAUGAAAGGAGAGGAUGCCCAUGGAAAGCCAGGAAAGAUCACAUCCUAUGUGGUUGUCACUCAUCAGCAUAGCACCAUAAAAAGAGCUGUUGAUAGAUUGUUGUUUCUUUAUGAGGGAAGGAUAGUUUGGGAAGGAAUGACCCAUGAAUUCACCACAACCACAAAUCCUAUAGUUAGACAGUUUGCAUCUGGCAGCUUAGAUGGGCCGAUCAAAUACUGAAACUACACUCAAUAGCAUUUCUGGUGUUCUGGCAAUCUAUUUAUCUGACCUGCUGAUCUCUGGACCUCCGUAUAACAACGACCUUGUCUUCUUAUCAUUCAAGUUAUCAGACAAGUAGGUAAAAGAUGCUGUGUUGAAAUUUCUUUUGGCACUGUUGGACAUGCUGUCUGCAGGUGCAUGUUGAUGGCUUGACCAUUAUAAGGCAAACUCUGGGCCUGAUUGAUGUAACAUUUUGUUAUCCCAUUGUUUUUUUUUUCCUUCAAAAUCUUUGUAUUGGGCAAUUUUGUUAUUCAGAAAAUACUAUAUGUUUUCUGGAGGUUUCUUUACCUCUUCUCGUAUCCUAAUUUAGCUGAUACAGGAAAGGUAUACUUUUUGAGAUGAGCAUUCUGCUGUAUCAGUGCUGUUGGAACUCGUUACAGUUAUGUUUUCAACUGGAUCUGUGCAUUAAGA